AUGGAGAAAGUCGAUGUUCUAAUUUGUGGCAGCGGAUCUGCCGGUCUCUGUGCUGCUACCUGGCUUGCGCGUUAUGGCGUACGCUGCAAGGUCUUGGAGCGGCGUGGGGGCCCUAUGGAGAUGGGCCAGGCAGAUGGCGUGCAAUGUCGCACCGUGGAGAUCUUUGAAAGCUUUGGAAUCGGUGAAGAGCUUCUUCGUGAGGCUUACCAUGUCCUAGAAGUCAACUUCUGGGCGGACAAUGGCGCUGGGGUUAUCAAACGGACAGGCCGUACCGCGGAUACACAGCCAGGUCUCUCGCAUCAGCCUCAUGUUAUUCUGAACCAAGCCCGAAUUAACGGGCUUCUUAUUGAUCUGAUGCAAAAAUACAACCAUCAGCAUAUCGACUAUGGGUACAAUGUGACCAAGGUUGAAGUGAACGACGCCCUUGUCGCAGAUCAUGACGCUUAUCCGAUCCAAGUCAGCGCAGAGAAGAAUGGAAAGACUGAAAUCUUUGCCGCAAAGUAUGCUCUAGGUUGUGACGGGGCACACAGUGUCGUCCGCAAAGCCUUGGGGUAUAAAAUGGUGGGAGACAGCAGUGAUGCCGUCUGGGGUGUCAUGGACAUGGUUCCUCGCACUGAUUUCCCCGAUAUUCGCAAGAAGUCGACUAUCCGAUCUCGGGCUGGAAAUGUUCUGAUCAUUCCCCGAGAGGGCGAAAGCAACAAUCUCACGCGCUUCUAUAUUGAACUUGCCGCAGGAACCAAUCCGAAAGAGGUGACCCUGGAGAGUCUACAGGCGCAAGCGCAAAGCAUCUUCCAUCCAUAUAAGAUGGAGUUUGUGGAAACUGUCUGGUGGUCUGCGUAUGCAAUUGGUCAACGUCAUGCCGAUUUCUUCCACAAGGACAACCGAGUCUUUCUGGCGGGUGAUGCUUGCCAUACCCACUCUCCAAAGGCUGGACAAGGCAUGAAUGUCAGUCUUCAAGAUGGUUACAAUAUUGGCUGGAAGCUUGGCGAAAUCCUCACCGGUCUGGCUACUCCCUCACUUCUAGAGACUUAUGUCCUGGAACGGCAAAAGGUCGCCAUUGAUCUGAUCAACUUCGAUCGCUAUUUCUCUAAACUAUUUUCAUCGGGAGCUGCCACUUCACCUGCCGAAUUCCAAGAGGGCUUUAUCAAGUCUGGUAAAUACACCGCUGGAUUGACAGCGAAGUAUGAUGUCUCACCGAUCACAUCCGCAAUGGAAUCGACCAAGCUCGCCUCAAAUGUGGUUGUUGGCAUGCGAUUGCCGAGCGCACAGGUUGUACGCUUUUGUGACUCUCAGCCCAUGCAACUCAUGAAGUGUCUAAAAUCGGAUGGCCGAUGGCGCGUCAUGGCGUUUGUCGGUGACCUAUCAGUUUCAGCAAAUCGAUCAAAGUUAAGCCAACUCGGAGAUUACCUUGGCUCGCAAGAGAGCCCGAUCCAUACUUUCACACCCACAAAUCAAAAUAUUGACAGUCUGAUCGAGACUGUUGUAAUUGGCCACGGGAAGCGUCACGAAGUUGAACUUGAAGAAAUUCCCGAGUGCUUCUAUCCACUCUCUGGGAAGAACCAAACCAGAGAUCUGCACAAGAUUUACUAUGACGAUGAGAGCUACAACCAAGGCCAUGGCCACGCAUAUGAAUUCCUUGGCAUCGAUCCCUCACAGGGUGCUAUUGUCAUUGUUCGCCCUGAUCAGUACGUGUCUGCCGUUAUGAGUCUUGGUGACUAUACGAAGAUCGGCAAAUUUUUUGCCGGCUUCCUCAAAUCCCAAACGUAG